GUUAUUUCUUGUCUUCGUGUCUUAAAAUUGCCAUUUAAAAGUUGCAAUUACUUCACAGGCAGUCUAAAAUCUCAACAAUAAAGAGCUUGGGCGUUGUAGCAUCCCAGGAGGUGUAAUUAAAUCGUUUUUCACAUUAAGUAAUUGCUCCAACAUGCCACAGAGUACAUUUUGGAGCUGGUGUGUCCAGUUUCAGGUGCAGGCAGCGCAGCGGGGUGGAGGAGGUGCCAAACAAGUAGGAUGAGUACAGGUGAGCCAGGAAGCAGCUUAUGCUAAUUUGUCAACAUGAGAGGAAAUCCUCCUUAGAGCCGAACUCGUGAGAGGGAGACGGAGCUACAUGGGAACCUAUUAGAUAUCCAAUUCUCCUGUCAGCCACCUCACUGGGGGAGAGAACGAGGGAGAGUGUGUAGCUGCGAUGGUGGACACACAGGGAUUCCAUUCGAACCCAGCCCUGCAAGUGACGGACAUGGCGUAUAGGAAAGUACGUGCUGGCCGCAGUUCUCUCCGUGUGCGAGAUCUGGAGAAUGAGGAGCUUCACACUGCUUCCCUGGAACUAGAAUGGGACAUGGAGAAAGAGCUGGAGGAACCGGGUCUGGACCGCUUCCAGCUGGAGUGUGUGGAGCAUCAACCUGUGAGCAGCUCUUCCGGUGGAGGCAUGGACCCAGACCUGGAACCAAUCCAACCGUCCGUCUCCCCCCACGGACGUUUUGAGCGUCUGCAGGAGGACCCUAAUUACGUUUCUCGUUUCAGCCGGUCGGUACCCAAGGGCCAGAGAAGGAACGGGACCUGCCUCGCCAAAUACUUGUUAGCCGGGGUGGGAGUGUUUGCUCUGGAGCUGCUCAUUGGACGAUACGCCUUCAGCAAGGAGCAAGUGAAGGUAGAGCCAAGUGCAGACACAGACGUGCUGGAGAAGAUUGUUCAGGGAAUCACAGCUGAGAAGAUACAAGCACUGCAGAGGGACUUUGACAGCUUUUCUGAUCUCACGGAAGAGUCCAAGGUCAGGUACAUCGCUCAGCGGUGGGAGGAGCUCGGAUUAAAAGACGUCCAGUUGACCAAUCACACGGCUCUCCUGAGCUAUCCCGGACCAGCCCUCAGCACGAUCACCGAUAUAGGUGGAAACCAGUGUUACCUGUCCAGCGGAGCGAGGUGUGACCAGCCAUUCACAUCCACGACUGAACCGUUUGCCUUUGCAGCCUAUUCAGCUGUGGGAAAUCUAGUGGCAGAGGUGGUGGACAUACAGUACGGGAGUCCAGAUGAUUUGAGACGGGUCCAAGCCAGUGCAAAUGUGACCAAUAAAAUAGCACUGCUGAAACUUGGACAAUCACCUUUACUUUACAAGCUCUCUCUCCUGGCAGAGGUGGGAUUUGGUGGCUGUCUUCUCUAUGUAGAUCCAUGUGAUGCCCCAUUUGGGAACAAGACAUUUGGGGUAACGCUGAACCCAGGAGGGAACCCGUUUUUUCGAGAAGACACCAGUACUGCCAGAAGAGACAGUCGCCACAACCUGACAUCAUUGCUGGUUCAGCCCAUCUCUGCCUCCUUAGCGAAACUGCUGCUCUCUGCCCCCGCCAUGGGGCAGGGAAGACCCUGCAUCCCCAUGGCCAUGCCCUCAGCCUCAGGUAAGCCCUGGGCCAGAAACAACGCCUGCUGCAUUACUGUAUCUGUCAACAGACAGCCUUCUUCAGCCUCACACAAUAUCACUGCUUACAGCCUUCAAAUCACUCGCGUAACCUGA